AUUCUCUUCCGAUUUUCACUCCCAACUUCACCAGGCUCACAACCAGAGUCUUCUGCAUUCACCACUUAUUAGCUCUCUGUUUCGUUCAGGCUUCAGUUGUGCUUGACGAAGAAUGGGUUGGUUCUGGGCUGACGCACCGAAAGCGAGCGCACCUUCUGCGCCGCAACACUCCGCCGCCGCUCCUCCGCCAGGAUGUCCUAUGCAUCAAUCAGACACCGGGAAUCCCACGCCUUUCCCUCCGCGGCUCGAUCCGUCGACAUCAACUCCUUCAUCAUGCCCAGUUAAAUCUCCAAACCAUCCGCUGAGAUAUCAACCUUCAGAAUCGUCGAGUCAAUCUCAAUCUUCUGAACAAAGGCCUCAGCAACCCUCCUCUUCCACCCUAUCCAAACUUAACCCUUUAAAUUACAUGCCCUCCCUUUCCAAUAGCCGCCCGGCCGACUCCCCUCAAUCAAUACAUUUGCCUCUUGACCGGGAACUCUCCUCGAUUCCGCGCAGCGAUUCGCAGGCGAAUUGGGAAUACCCCUCCCCACAGCAGAUGUACAACGCAAUGCUUCGCAAGGGCUAUACCGAUACUCCUGCGGAACAUGUCGAGGCAAUGGUCGCCGUGCACAAUUUCUUGAACGAGGGAGCAUGGGCGGAGAUAGAGGAAUGGGAACGGAUCUUCUCCGGAGGCUUAUGGAAAGGGUGGGAGACUUGUUCGCGUGGUGAACAAGCCAUCACUUUAGACCGGGCGAGGCAGGAAUACGCCGCUCAACGACGAUUGGCGCUGGGGUUAAACCCGGACCCUCAGGAGGAUGAGUCGAAACCAAAACUGAUCCGGUUCCAAGGUCGUCCGCAAGAACCUUCGCCCAAGGCUCGAAUCCUGCGGAUGUUGGGCAAAGUCUUCCCCGACCAUUUCUCUCAAGAUCCUCCCUUUGACCGACACGACUGGUACAUCUCCCGGAAGCUCCCCAAUGGGUCGACAAAGGAGGUGCGCUACGUUAUAGACUACUAUGGCGGAGGUGUCGAGCAGGAAACGGGGCAACCUGUCUUCUACUUGGACAUCCGCCCUGCAUUGGAUUCACCGACGGCCGCAGUGGAGAGAGCGAUGAGGUGGGGAGGCGACGUGUGGCAUCGAGCGUCUGGAGGAGCGGUGAGGGAGGCGGCCGCACAAACAAAGGGAAAGGAAAAUGGAUCAUGAUUUAUGGCCAAGACGGAUUGCCAUGAUUGAAUGACAAGAACCACACGUGGAUGUGAUUAUGGCCGAGUUUGUUUUCUGGAGUCUUUCUCUCACGGGAUCCGGGAUUGCAACUCCGCGGGAAGUGAGCGGCCUCUGAUAAUAUCUUAUGGCAUACGUUCUGUGGGGCGCGCAUGGAACUUUGCGAAUUUGUCUGGCUUUGUACAGGCUUGUAUUUGGAGCUUGAGAUCCAAUGUCGGCCUUGUUCCAGCAGGGCCUUGAACCCUCUCCUCCUCUAUAACAUAGCGAUGUAAUAAUGUCCUGUAGAAUAGAUUGUACAUGAAUGACGGCCAUUGUUUAUGUCUGUCUACAUCUUC